GAGAGUGGUGCUUUGUAUUGUAGACUUGUGUGUUGUGAAUAGGGUCAUUUCCAAAGAACCUGAAUUAAGGAAAAGACAAUUGUGAAUUCAGUUGACUUAGAAUUCAGGCAAUAACUGUAAGUAGCUUUGAUUAGGAGUGGCAGCCUUGCAAAAUCCUCAAACCCUCACUGAAAUUUUAUCUUGGUACAUAUAAUACACCUUGGAACGUAAGACCUGCCCUCAGAGGAGGGAGAAACCUCUUGUGUUUUCGUGGUGGAUUUGAAGUUACUCCGGGCUGCGUAGCAUCCCUGUGGCUGGCACGUGGGGCCGGGCUGCUGCACGUGCUGCCAGGGUAAGUAGGUCUGGCAGGAGCAGGGAGGGGACAGAGCCGUGGUUUCCAGGACACCACAAAGUUCAUCCUCUAAACUAGUUCAGUCACUUUGUGGGGGGAUAAUCCCACGGUUUGGGGGUGCCCGAGUACUCCGGGCAGGGUGGGUGAGCAGAAGGUCCUGGAGGAAGGAGUGGUGUGUGAAAAAGCCCUUUCACAUUUCUGCAGACAUUUAGAGCUACACUUCUGUGGCUGUGGAGGCAGGAACAGGAUUUACCUCGGCACAGAAAGUCUCUGGGUUUAACUUCUCCAACCCACUAAGUGUUUUUCAUCUUUUAUUCUGAUUUCUGCAGUCCCCUGAAGUUGUGCUGUGUGGGUGUGUGGCAGAGGAGGCAGCUCAGGAAAAGCUGCUCUGAAGAGGUUGGGGUUGGUUUUAAUAAAGUGGCUCCAAAAUGAGAUGCAGAAAGAACAAAAACACAGAUCAUACUGCUCGUGCACAUCAGGGCUUGAAGACUGCUGAGGAACACACGAUUUGAAUCAUUUAAGCAUUAAAAUAGUAAUACCCAUGGAAGAGUCACAAGACUUACCCGAGCAACCAGUGAAAAAAGCCAAGAUGCAGGAAUCCAGAGAACAGAGCCUGAGUCAUGUGAGCAGCACAGAAGUCAGCGAUCAGAAAACUGAAUCUUCAAAUCUUGGCUCAAACCUUCCCAUGUCCAGUGAGAUUAUGACAUGCACUGAUUAUAUCCCAAGGUCAUCAAAUGAUUAUACCUCACAAAUGUAUUCUGCAAAGCCAUAUGCACAUAUCCUUUCUGUACCAGUGUCAGAAACAAUGAGCCCUUACCCUGCUCAGCCUCAGUACCAAGCACUGCAGCAGUCCCAGCCCUACACCAUCUACCCCCAGACCACCCAGACCUACGGACUACCUCCUUUCGGUGCACUGUGGCCAGGUAUGAAACCUGAAAGUGGUUUAAUUCAGACUCCAUCUACAAGUCAGCACAGUGUUCUUACCUGCACUACAGGGUUAACCACAAGCCAGCCCAGCCCAGCACAUUAUUCUUAUUCCAUUGAAGCAUCAACCACCAAUGCCAGUCCAGUCUCUACAUCCUCAACUGUUGUCAAUAUUUCCACAUCAGCAGUAGCCAGCAUCUCACAGGAAUAUCCUACAUACACCAUCCUUGGCCAGAGCCAGUACCAGACCUGCUACCCCAGCUCAGGCUUUGGAGUGGUGCCACCAGCAGACAGCAGCACAGAAAGCUUGGCAUUAGCCACCACCACGUACCCAGAGGAGAAACCAAAUGCCCUGGUGCCAGCACGGGCAGUGCAGAGACCUUCCUCUGGAGAUGCAUCCACAAGUCCUUUGCUACCAAGAGCAACAGCAAGUAAAGAGUUAGAUGAGCAAGCAAGGAAAAACAUCCCUGGAAAGAACAGAGGGAAGAGGAAAGCAGAUACCUCCUCCUCACAGGACAGUGAACUGGAGCGGGUGUUUCUCUGGGACCUGGAUGAGACCAUCAUCAUCUUCCAUUCUCUUCUCACAGGGUCUUAUGCUCAAAAAUAUGGCAAGGAUCCAACUCUAGUGAUUGGCUCAGGUCUGUCCAUGGAGGAGAUGAUUUUUGAAGUUGCUGAUACUCACUUGUUUUUCAAUGACUUGGAGGAGUGUGACCAGGUACACAUAGAAGAUGUGGCAUCUGAUGACAAUGGCCAGGAUCUAAGCAACUACAACUUCUCCACGGAUGGGUUCAGUGGCUCGGGAGGCAAUGCCAACCACAGCUCCUCGGUGGGUGUGCAGGGCGUGGACUGGAUGAGGAAACUGGCCUUCCGCUACCGCAGGGUGCGCGAGAUCUACAACAAAUACAAAACGAACGUUGGAGGCCUGCUCAGCCCACAGAAGAGGGAAGCUCUGCAGCGCCUGAGGACUGACAUAGAAGUGCUGACAGAUUCCUGGCUGGAAACUGCAUUAAAAUCCCUGCUGCUCAUCCAGUCCAGAAAAAACUGUGAGAACAUCCUGAUCACAACCACCCAACUGAUGCCAGCUCUUGCCAAAGUUCUUCUGUAUGGAUUGGGCGAGGUGUUUCCCAUUGAAAAUAUUUAUAGUGCUACAAAAAUAGGUAAAGAGAGCUGCUUCGAGAGGAUCGUGUCACGCUUUGGGAAGAAGGUGACGUAUGUGGUGAUCGGAGACGGGCGCGACGAGGAGGUGGCAGCCAAGCAGCACAACAUGCCAUUCUGGAGGAUCACAAAUCAUGCUGACCUCGUGUCCCUUCACCAAGCCCUUGAGUUGGACUUCCUGUAAGACAUUGGAGCAAAGACGCGACUGCAGCUCCCGCCAGCCCUCCCCAUUCCUGGGGGGACAGAAAUCUCACAUGUUUGGGGACUCACUUUCAGCUUGAUGAAGAAAACAUGCCUAAAGCAAACUGUACAAUGGAAUAUGACAGCAGGUCGUUCCUCGGGAGCACGGGCCCUGCCAAGUCCAGAGGUGUCCUGUGAAGAAGCCCUGGACUCAGCAGAGCUAGAGCUUGUCUGCAGAAGGGACUUACAGAGCCAGCUGAAUGCCUCUGGCCUCCAGAGGGAGGGGCCAUAAAACAGCAGAUUUAUGUGUAAGAGCCUUCUUCUUUCUAUUCAGCUUAGUUGUAGAACCCAAGUAAACACAAAAAUUUAUUUUUAUAGGAAAACGCUGAUGGCAGAGCUUAAACCUCCCUUGUUUUGCAAAGCCGAAGAGCUGUGGGUUUUUUUCAUAGGAAAUAUUAAUGAAAAUGUCAAAAAUACCUCUAUUGCUGUAAAAUGUGUCCUCUCUCCUUUCCUGGAUGUUCAAAACAGUUAAUUUAUUACAGUGUCCUUAUGUUAUUUCCUCAGUGUGGGAUUACUGGAAAAUAUAAAGGUAAGGGAAUGCUUCUGGAAUAUGUGGUUCUUUGUAGAGGCAAGUAUUGGUGUUCUGAGUUGAUCCCAGUGGCUUCUAGUCAAUGUGUGCAGAAGCCCUUUUAGCCAGCAGGAGAUCACUGGAUUCCAGCCUUUGUCUGGACUGUAGAUCCCACAGAUUUUCCCUGCAAAGAAAAUUGAAAUUGCCUGUGAACAUCAGGUACAGCAGACUGGUGCAGACUGCUCAGAUGUGAACUGAGUCCUCACCUGGACUAGGAAUAAUCUAAUUCCUAAAUCCUCAUGAAUGUUGCAGAGAAGACUCUGGCUAUGGUAUAACCUUCACCUCUGUGUUCCUGACCCUAUUUGUAAGUUCCUUUUAGUAGAAUCAGAUUCAAUUUUCUUACAUUCUUUGCAUUAGCCUAACUACAUAAUGACAAACAAAUGCCUUGUUAAGAGGGACUUAAUUUUCUAAGACACUGUGACUUGGCAGCAUGGAGCACUUGGGAGGGAUGGUGAUGCUGAUUUUUCUGCAGCUGUCUGAGAACAGAGGCUGGAGUCAGUGACCUGCAGCUCCCCUGGCCAGGAACAGCCAGCAAGGGACUGGGGCUGGCACAGAGGCUGGUUUUGUGCCAACUCAGGCUGUGUUUGGUGUCUCCCCCAUCCACCCUGAUGGCACCAGAUCAGCAGGUGCCCUGAGGACAGGUGUGUGCAGUGCCCCAGAACCUGCUGCUGCUGCUCCUGCAGGGCCAGACCUGUGGCUGCACCCAGACCCCUCCAGAUCGUGGUCAUCAGCCCCACAUCAGCCACCAGGAGACUGGGCUGAAAGUCUGUCACUGCAGGGAGUGGCAGACUCACCAUUUGCUGUGCCCGUACAGGCAGGGAUAUGUUUGCUGCAUUCCUUUCAUGGCUUUAAUUACUGAGGGUUAAUUUCCAUCAGUGCUGGGCCAGCUUUGCACAGGCUCUGCUGUGCCCUGGGAGCAUCUGUUCCUGGGCCAGCUCCAGUGACCACGGGGCAGAAGGUGCCUGGAGCCAGGGGUUUGGAUACCCUGUACUCAGGCACUGGACCUGGGAGGUUUAUUUCACACAUGGUACCAGCUCCAGUUUCCCUUUGAGUUUGGUUGGUUUUGGGGUUUUUUUUAGAUUAAUUAAAUUGGAAUCAAAGGUGAUUCUCUUUCUCCAGGGUGGUCACUGGAGUCAGGAGUGAUCUGCUUUCCAUUCAGCUCCUGGCCAGGUGUUAGCCUUGUGCUCUGAUCCUGGGUGGAUACUGGGUCUGUGUAUGUCCCAGGAACAUUUUGUCCAUGUGGGGGCUGCUCAUCCCGUGAGGAAAAUGAGGAGUCUGCUGUGGGUGUCACUGGGCAGCUCAGCACAGGGAAAGGUGUUGGGCUGCCCUGGGGACAGACAGGCUGUGCUGGGAGUGCUCAGCAGUGGAUCUGGAAAGGGAAGCAGGACCCAGGGCUGUUCUCUCUCUGCACCAGAUGGAGAGCCAAGGUGUAUUGCACCUGUUCUGAGGCAGCUGAGGCAGCUCCAGCUCCCUUACUGCUGGGUCCAUAGAGUCCAGUUCCUCUGGGGUCCCUGUGAAGAGCCAGAGCUGUGGUGAGGAGCAGCCUCACUGCUCCCAGGGCUGGAAAUGUCACCAGAGGAUCAGGACUCACUUGUAGUCACAGGAGAGUCUGUGCUGAUGCUCAGCCCAUCCAAAGGUCUCCUGUAAGCAGGCUGGGGAGCUGUCCCAGCCCGUGCAGCAGCCUGUUGGGAGCAUUUCUUGUACUCCAGCUGGCUGAAUUUGGGAUUAAAACCUGUGCCUUAAGCUCCCACCAGCAGCACGGCCGAGCAGCCCUUGUGCUUUGCUGCCAUCAGAAGCAGCUGAGCAGAGCCGUGCUGAGAGGGGCUGGGUUUGCCCAGGCACUGGCAGCAGGUGCUGGACCUGCAGGCCUGAGCUGCCAGGCAGCUAGCUGUGCUUUGUGUUUGUUUACUUCAAAUGUUUUAAGGAAAUUUUAAGAUGUUGGUAAAAUUUUAGCUGAGUGUGGAACUCGCAGCCACUGACAUUUCAUACUGGUAUUUAUAUGAUGUUUCCUUGAAUGUAUGUAAAGUACUUUUAUAACAGGAGGUUGAUGGUACAUUUCUGUGUUUGUUAAUAAAGGGGUGACCUGGCUAUUUUAUUUUUUCCUCUACUGGCUGAAUUUAAGCCUUUUUCUGUCUCUUUUGAGGCAAGAACAGCAUCUCUCUCCAAGCAUUGAUUUUCUCCUCUCUCUGUCACCAGUUCAGCUACAGUCAGGUCAGGGGUAAUGGGAGAGCAAACCUGAACACCUGAAGGACAGUCAGCCUGCAGGCCCAGAGCACCUGAGCUCACCUGGGUGCUGCUGGCUUCCCCUUCAGCUUCAACACAGCCACAGAGGCUUUAAAAACCACCUGAUCCACUAAUACUUGUUGCCUCCAACAGCCCUGGGGGAGAUGUCUGUGCUGGCACUGGUGGGAAGCAGUAGGACCCUGGAGCCCACAGGACCUUUUUUGCUCUGCUAUGAGGGGUGAGCUCAGGUGCUGUGGGGCCUUUGCCUGUUCAUGGUCUGUAAUGGGAACUGUCCUGUGAACUGGAAAAAAUAAUAAAGUCUUUAUUUUCUAUA